CGACUUUUAGGUGCGUAGUCGCGAUAAACUAUGAAGACGCAGCUCUCGCGUCGAACGGUCCUCAGAAUCCGGGAUUCGUCCUCCAGUUCGAAAAUCCAGCAAAUAAAUCCAACAUUUUGUUGCAAAGUGAAAUGCGAAGAACGCGUUGCAGAGUAAUCACAUCGCAAAUACGGCAAAGGCAGAUAAAUUGAAAAGAAUUGAAGAAUCAAGCGAAAACCAGUGAAGAAUCGGAAUCAAAGAACGUAUCGGAAACAGCGGAAUAACACUAAAAAUAUACAUACAUAUAUAUAUACAUAUAUAUAUUUAACCAUCAUUUAAAAGCAAUCAAAAAGCAACCAAACAAACAACAAAAAGCAACAAAAGUGCCAUAUGCAACCGAUAAGACUGUGUGAAUGGUCAAGUGGUCAUCAGCAUUGAAGCGAUUCUCUCUCCCCGCAUGUGUGUGUGUGACUGAGUGCGUGAGUGUAUGUGUGUGAGUGGGAGAGAUAGAUAGAGAGAGAGAGAGAGAGAGAGAGAGAGAGAGAGAGAGAGAGAGAGAGAGAGAAAGAGAGUGUGUAAGACAGCAUCAGAAUGACGGACGCGCGGAAAAGCGAAUUCCACGCUGCGGAAUUCAAAUGAGCCAGAACCAAAACCACACGAGAUCGGUUCUGCAUCCGCAUGGACUUGUAUUGAUCACGCAACGCGAAUAUCCUUCGGCAUCAGGAGUCAGGAUCUAGGAGCAAUCGGAGCAAUCGGGAAACCCAGGAGGAGCAAUCUCCGCCGGUCAUCUAUCCAUCAGCUGACAACUGUCAGCCGUCAGCACCUGUCAGUUGUCAGUGCAGGAGGCCAGCUGUCAGCGGAAGUGAAAGUGAAAGGGAACGGGAAAGGGAAAACUGGGGAGCGGAAGGACACCGGGGCCAGCAAAACGGGACAGCAGGAGCAGCAGGCGCACGAGCAGGAGCAGGAGCAGGUGCAGGUGCAGGAGCAGGAGCAGGCGAGGAUUGGGCAGCGCGACGCGUAGCGUCUAGGCGGCAAAAUGCCUGGCGGACGACGUGGACUGGUUGCGCCGCAGAACACAUUCCUCGAGAACAUCAUCCGGCGCUCCAACUCGCAGCCGGACAGCUCGUUUCUUUUGGCCAACGCACAAAUCGUCGAUUUCCCGAUCGUCUACUGCAAUGAGUCCUUCUGCAAGAUCAGCGGCUAUAAUCGGGCCGAGGUCAUGCAGAAGUCGUGCAGGUAUGUAUGCGGCUUCAUGUAUGGCGAGCUGACAGACAAGGAGACGGUGGGACGGCUGGAGUACACGCUGGAGAACCAGCAGCAGGAUCAGUUCGAGAUUUUGCUCUACAAGAAGAACAAUUUGCAGUGUGGCUGCGCCCUCUCGCAGUUUGGCAAGGCACAAACCCAAGAAACCCCAUUAUGGCUGCUGCUACAGGUCGCACCCAUACGCAACGAACGCGACCUGGUGGUGCUCUUCCUGCUGACCUUCCGGGACAUCACGGCCCUCAAGCAGCCCAUCGACAGCGAGGACACCAAGGGAGUUUUAGGUCUCUCGAAGUUCGCCAAAUUGGCAAGAUCGGUGACCCGGAGUCGCCAGUUCAGCGCCCAUCUGCCCACGCUGAAGGAUCCCACGAAGCAGUCCAAUCUGGCGCAUAUGAUGUCCUUGAGUGCUGAUAUCAUGCCACAGUACCGACAGGAAGCCCCCAAAACGCCGCCACACAUACUCCUGCAUUAUUGUGCAUUUAAAGCAAUUUGGGACUGGGUGAUAUUGUGUUUAACAUUUUAUACAGCCAUCAUGGUGCCAUACAAUGUAGCGUUUAAAAAUAAAACCUCAGAGGAUGUUUCCCUGCUCGUGGUCGAUUCCAUAGUCGAUGUUAUAUUCUUUAUAGAUAUUGUUUUAAACUUCCAUACAACGUUCGUGGGUCCCGGCGGCGAGGUGGUCAGUGACCCAAAGGUGAUCCGCAUGAACUAUCUAAAGUCAUGGUUCAUUAUCGACCUGCUCAGCUGCCUGCCGUACGACGUGUUCAACGCGUUCGAUCGGGAUGAGGACGGUAUCGGUUCCCUGUUCAGUGCCCUCAAGGUCGUCCGCCUUCUGCGUCUGGGGAGGGUGGUGCGAAAACUGGACCGCUACCUGGAGUACGGAGCGGCCAUGCUGAUCCUGCUGCUCUGCUUCUACAUGCUGGUGGCCCAUUGGCUAGCCUGCAUUUGGUACUCGAUUGGUCGCAGCGAUGCGGAUAAUGGGAUCCAGUACAGUUGGCUGUGGAAGCUGGCGAAUGUCACCCAGUCACCGUACUCGUAUAUAUGGAGUAAUGACACCGGGCCAGAAUUGGUCAAUGGGCCGUCACGGAAAAGCAUGUACGUGACGGCCCUAUAUUUCACCAUGACCUGCAUGACAUCGGUGGGCUUUGGCAAUGUCGCCGCGGAGACAGACAACGAGAAGGUGUUCACCAUCUGCAUGAUGAUCAUUGCAGCUCUGCUGUAUGCCACGAUCUUUGGACACGUUACCACCAUCAUUCAGCAGAUGACAUCGGCCACGGCCAAGUAUCACGACAUGCUGAACAAUGUGCGCGAGUUCAUGAAGCUGCACGAGGUGCCAAAGGCUCUCAGCGAACGAGUGAUGGACUAUGUAGUCUCCACCUGGGCCAUGACCAAGGGUCUGGACACCGAGAAGGUACUAAACUAUUGUCCGAAAGAUAUGAAGGCUGACAUAUGUGUUCAUCUAAAUCGCAAAGUAUUUAACGAGCAUCCGGCAUUUCGUCUGGCCUCGGAUGGUUGUCUCCGGGCACUGGCGAUGCACUUCAUGAUGUCGCACUCGGCGCCGGGGGAUUUGCUUUAUCACACCGGCGAGAGCAUCGAUAGCCUAUGCUUCAUCGUUACCGGCAGUCUGGAGGUGAUACAAGACGACGAGGUUGUGGCAAUAUUGGGCAAGGGCGACGUCUUCGGCGAUCAAUUCUGGAAGGACUCGGCCGUUGGCCAGAGUGCGGCCAAUGUGCGUGCUCUGACCUAUUGUGAUUUGCAUGCCAUCAAACGUGAUAAAUUGCUCGAAGUCCUCGAUUUCUAUUCGGCAUUUGCGAAUAGCUUUGCACGCAAUCUGGUGCUCACCUACAAUCUCAGACAUCGACUGAUUUUUCGCAAGGUGGCCGAUGUGAAGCGCGAAAAAGAAUUGGCCGAACGGCGUAAGAACGAGCCGCAAUUGCCCCAGAAUCAGGACCAUCUUGUCCGGAAGAUCUUCUCAAAAUUCCGUCGCACUCCGCAGGUCCAAGCGGGCAGUAAAGAGCUCGUCGGCGGAUCCGGGCAAAGUGAUGUCGAGAAGGGUGACGGCGAGGUGGAGCGAACUAAGAAGCUACCAGCCAAACUGACACUGACCGAGGACGCUCGCAUCCUCAGCACCGCCGCGGCGCCCUCGCCAUCGCCAUCCCCAUCGCCCUCAUCGGGUCCACCAUCUGCGCGCAGUACACGGGCCAGCAAGUGGGGACGCCUCCUGGGCAGUUCAAGCGUCGAUUCAGCUAGCGACACCAGCGCCAAGGUAGCCGUCUCGAGAAGUUUGAGCGCCCGCGAAAGCCUCCGAGAGAGCACCGCCCAAGCGCGGCAGAGUAGUACUUCGAGUAGCAAUGGUGGACAAGGCAACAAACAUUUACAAUUAAGCAAAGUUUUUCCCAAGGCGCCCAAGCUGCAGGCUAGCCAGGCCACUCUAGCCCGCCAGGACACCAUCGACGAGGGUGGCGAGGUGGACUCCUCGCCGCCAAGUCGCGACAGUCGCGUGGUUAUCGAGGGUGCAGCCGUCACCUCGGCCACCGUGGGACCAUCGCCGCCAGUGGCCACCACAUCCUCGGCGGCGGCGUCGGGAGCAUCGGGAGUAUCUGGAGCACCAGGUAGUGCUGGCACUGUGGUGGCCAUUGUCACCAAAGCGGAUCGUAAUCUCGCCUUGGAGCGGGAGCGCCAGAUCGAGAUGGCCAGCUCGAGGGCCACCACAUCGGAUACGUACGAUACUGGGCUGCGCGAGACGCCGCCCACGCUGGCGCAGCGCGAUCUCAUCGCCACCGUGCUGGACAUGAAGGUGGAUGUGCGGCUGGAAUUGCAGCGCAUGCAGCAGCGGAUUGGCCGCAUCGAGGAUCUGCUGGGCGAGCUGGUCAAGCGGCUGGCACCAGGUGGUACCGGCGGUAGCGGAGCCACCGCUCCGGAUAACAGCAGUGGCCAGACCACGCCCGGCGACGAGAUUUGCGCGGGCUGCGGCGCGGGCGGCGGCGGCGGUACGCCCACAACACAGGCCCCCCCAACAUCUGUGGUAACCAGCCCGGUGGACACUGUGAUAACCAUUUCAUCGCCAGGAGCAUCUGGUUCGGGAGCAGGAGUAGCUGGCGCUGGUGGCGCUGGUCUGCUAAAUCCGGGCGCCACAGCUGUGUCGAGCGCGGGAGGCAACGGCCUGGGGCCACUGAUGCUCAAGAAGCGACGCUCGAAGAGCAGGAAAGCACCGGCGCCUCCUAAGCAGACACUCGCCUCGACGGCCGGCACCGCGACCGCAGCUCCAGCGGGCGUUGCCGGAUCUGGUAUGACGUCAUCGGCGCCAGCGUCAGCGGAUCAGCAGCAGCAACAUCAGCAACAGCAGCUGGCGGCGGAUCAAUCACCCACAACGCCUGGAGCGGAACUGCUGCAUCUACGCCUGCUCGAAGAGGACUUUACGGCGGCCCAACUGCCUUCGACAUCGUCAGCUGGCGCCGGAGUUGGUGGUGGAGGAUCCGGCUCUGGUGUCACGCCCACAACACCGCCACCGACCACAACGGGGGGCAGUGGCAGCGGCACGCCCACCAGCACCACAGCCACGACCACACCCACAGGCAGUGGUACAACAACGCGCGGCAAGCUGGACUUCCUGUAGCCCACGACGAUCGGGAAGGAGCGGCGGGGAGAGGAGGAGGAGGAGGCCUCCAGCCAGGAGCAAUAAUACAAAAUCGGGGGAGUAGGAGCCCAGCCACGCCCACUCGCAAGCCUACGCCUACGCUUAGUUAGUCUAAAUACUUAAGAUACAGCUGUAACCUCAACUCAACACUGAAACUAGCUCAUCUAUCUCAAACACUUGAAAGUCCACUGCAACGUAUUUAUCCAAAGAUUACGAAAGGCAUUCCACAAAAAAUAGUUGAAAAGAGGUUUUGAAAAUCCGAUUUUUUAAAGUUCAAAUCUCUGUGUACACGACGAACAUUUAAAUACUCAUAUUACUAUAUUAUGGAACACAGUCGAUUUAUGAUUGCGAUUAUUUUAACUAAAUGAAUUGAUAUUUAAUUUGAAGGUUAGAUAACAUAACAUAAUGAAAAUAAUUCUCAACAUAUACAUUUAUCAUUAACUUAGUAUUUAAAUACUUAUUUCGUAGUACCUAAAAGCUUUCUGGUGAUAUCAUAAAAAACCUAUUUAAUAUAUUAUUACCUACAAUUAGUUUAUGAUCUUGCUUAAAGACAAGCGAUUGUUAUUAAAUUACGUUCCAUUGAAUAUUUUUUAAAUUUAGAUAGGAAAACAUGCUGUAGUGGAAUUUUGGAUGAAAUUCAUUAUUUUUUGUUGCAUAGAUCUCGGCCUAGUGCUAUUCCUCUCUCUCACAAACACUCACACACACACACACACUCUGAAUGGAAGUGCUCGAUAUUCAAAACUGUAUAACCGUUACACGAUUAUGAUUAUGAUUACGGUAGCGAUAGCCAUAAUGAUAACGUUUACGAUUAAGGCAAGCAUGUUGCUUACGAAUUUGCUACAUUUACUGCAAUUAUUUGCCUUUUUAUGUAUACACAUCUAUACAAACGUUGUAAAGGACACACACACACAUACACACAGAUACACACAGUCAGAGACACACUCACAUUUAUAUAUAUGUAUAUGUAUAUAGCUGUAUGUAUAUAUGGAUAAUUUUGUGAUAACUGCUAAAGGAGGCAAAGAACCAGAAGAAAAAGCUUACAGACCGAAACAAUGCCCGUGAAUUGUACAUAGCCUAAAACUGAAACCUAACUGUAAGAGAAGAUCCAAGAGGGAUCCACCCAUACACACACACACACACACACACACACACACUCAUUCACAGAUACCAAGCUAAGAAAGAAAGUGUAAAUAGAUACAUGUAUGGAUAUAACCCGUCCUAACUAACUAAACUAACUAACUUAACGAAACUCGGCUUGAGCACUCCGGCACUCGCACUCGCUUGGCUCCCUAUAUUGUAGGCUUAUAGACUCGAAAACGAUAGCGAUAGCGAUAACGAUAACGAAAACUCAACUCAACUCAACCAAAUAGUUAACUCAGCAACAGUAAAGCUUAAGUAAAACCAAAAAGAUAUAGACAGCAGAUAUGUGGCCGCUAAACGAAACGACAAUCGACAGACCUAAGAAAAGAAAAACGAAAAAAUACUAAGAUCACAAAACAAAAAAAAAAUGAAAUGAUGGUAUUAGCUUAUUCUGUAGUUGCAAGCAAGGAUCAAAUAUGAUUUUCUCGGGCAGUGUAAAUACUUGAAUUAAAACUUAGCAAAAUAUGUUAACACACGCCACUCACCAACACUUACAAACAAACAAAACAUACACACAUAUUUUGUGAUAAAAAACCAUUAGCUAAAGAACAAAACCAAUAUGAAAAGUUUAGACAAAAAGAAUUAACCUAGAUAUUUGUUUAUGCUGGCAUUUGAUAGGCUUGCACUUGUCAUAUAGUUUAUACCGGCAAAAUACGAGAAGUACUCUUCGGGUGACGAUAUACAGUAUGGUUGGUUAAAUAUGAGAUUGAGGUGUAUAAUUAUCCUGGGCAGUUUAUAGGCAAGGUUUCAUUACGUUUAAGUCGCCAGAAACAUCGCAUCCAUCAGUUGGAGUCCACUUGAAUCUCGUUCGGUUACCGUUUUGAUUGCCUAGUUGGUAUUUGAUAAUUAUUCGAUAAUUGAUAUUUGAUAAUACUUAGCGUAGUAGAGAGGGGACAGAACCGGAAUACCCGACUACGGAUACUUACAUACAUACGAAUUGUCUUCCCUGUAUAGUUGGGGGAGUUAGGAGGGGUGGGGGCCUGGAUAAUCGGGGUUUCGAGGUUCUGUCCGCGAAAGUUACUUAGUUCUAGUUGUAGUUUUUUUCAAUUCCCAUUCCCAAAUGGGCGCCAAGCCCCUCCCCGUUAAAACCAAAUCAAACCAAAAAGCAAUUCAAGUGGUAUUAAAUCUGAGUAACCAAAACUCCCUCACUCACCCACUCCUUUUGCAUAUAUACGUAUUCCCAAUACUCUCAACAAUGAAUCAAAAGUUAAUGGAUAGCGAAGAAUAAACAUUUGUUGCAUAUGUUUAGGCCUUAAGUUCUAGUUGAAUGUUUAACGAAUGUAGUGGGCUCACUGUAAAUAGGUUUUUUUUUUUUGAAUAACCAUAAAUCAAAUAUACCUAAACAUAAAUAUAUAUAAAACUAAUUAGUAACGAAUAAUUAGGCAGCAAACCAACUGAAUAAGGAAAGCUAAGACGCACUAGGCCGGAAAUGGGAAACGAUAAGACGAUAGUCCUCAUAUGAAGAUUCGACAGCACUGAUACGGUAGCAGUUUAGUACUCGUACUGCUUCUCGAACUCGUUAUGUUUGACCCUUUCUCUCGCCAAUCUCUCUCUCUCUCUCACUCUCCCUCUAUCUCACUCCUCUAUGUCUGUCUCUCGCUUUCGCCCCAUCCUUUGCAUACUUUUCGGGUGUUUUGGACCCUACUACACAGAGCCUUAUAAAUAUAACCUAAAGUAACUAAACCAACUCAAGCAGCAUUCAGCAAACUAGCAACUCAGACCUAAUACUGAACCUAGCAUUAGCAUUAAAAGUGAACGAAAACGUGAAACUAAAAAUGGUGCAAUUACAAUUUUUAGAUCAAGCUGAGCGAGCAAUUUAGUCGAAAUUUAUAUUGAACAAUUUAUGGGAAAAUUGAUAGUUUGUGGAUUUAUAUAUGCGAAUCUCAUGUAUAUACACACCCAGGCAGGAAAAAUGUUAGGAAACUGAAGAAUAAAGACACCCAUUUCAAAGCCCAGAUAGGAGACCUUCUAACCUUCGAUUUCGCCUAGAAAACGCCCGAUUCAGUCUGAUAUUUAUACAGAUCGCCAGAUGGUAGGCUAUUGAAGGUCGGUUCGGGAUGGGGUUUGGGUUCGGGUUCGGGUCCGUGUCCGUCUGCUGGGAUAUUUUCUGAGCGGCGCCAAAGAAACUGAUUAACCAUAUUAUUAUUAUUAUAGAUAUGUACAUGUAUAUAUGUGUACCUCUAGUUACACCUAGAAAGAUAACGAUGACAACCUAUCAAAAUUAAGCUUUUAUACGCCAGAAUUUUUUUCUAAACAACUAAAAAAAAACAAAACGAAAGUAAACUAAACUAAACAAACUUAAAGAAACACUCAAGAAUAUACACAUUUAAUGCAAGCCAGAGAAGAGAGCAUAAUAAACUCACAACACUCAAUUAACGAAUACCGUUUACAAAAAAAAAGCCCCAAGUGAAAACUAAAUUAAUUUAAAUAUACAUUAUACAAUGAUAGAAAAAAGCCUUAACCAAGUAAACACGCGCCUCAUUUUCGUUUUUUCCAUUUAUUACGUAAGUCCCACAGCAAUGCUAAAAAGAAAAAUUAAGAAAUACAAAAAAUAUAACGGCAAAACCAAACAUCCUAAAUAUAUACUGAUACCAAACAAAAAAAAUAUUUAGCAUUAUGCUCUAGACUCUAGACGAAAAAGAACCAAAAUUUUACAACAACAAAAUGAAAUAAGAACAAACGCGAUCAAGCAAUGUUAAACAUUUUCCACCAAUUUGAGAAGCAUAGUUGCUAAAAUACCAAAAAAACAAAAAAAAAGAAGAACUACCUAAAACGAGAAACCGAAACUUAUUUCGAACACGCGCCCUUUGUUUUUAAAAUCGAAAAGCUGCCUAUUUAUAUAUUUACAAACAAACAAACAAACGAAACGAAAUGCGAAAUGUAAUGAACCUGUAAGAGGAUUACAAUUUAACUACAAAUUAAACAAGCCACUAAACUACUACAUAAUUCAAUUGCAACAUUCCAUGUAAUGAAAAUAUACCAAAAAUAAUACAAGCAUGUAAAAAUAGUUUGAAAUCAAUUGAGUUUUGGUUCAACGCGCCGAAAACUUAGAUACAUCGAGCUACGGCUUGGCAGAGCAGAUUUACAGUUAUAUACAUACAUACACCCACAUAAGUAUAUAUAUACACGUGCAUAUACGCCGAUAUAUGUACAUAUAUGUAGGUAGUUUAUACCAUUUAAAGCUUGCUAAGACUCGUCCUUGAGCCACUGUUUAAACGCCAGGAGACAAGCCGCGAAAUCGAUCAAUGAAACAGAAACAGAAACUGAAACAGAAACAGAAACCGAAAAAGUUGUAACAUUUAUUUGAGAAUCGCUGGAUUAAAGCCUACAGUUAAUGUGUAUAGUUA